CUAUAAAACUUAUCUAACCUAAAAAUUCCGAUUUGUAAAAUGAGCCCUUUCACGAUUUUGUCUAAAUUAUGACAUUGUUAGAAUGUUUAUUAAAAAACAAGAUUAACCAGGUAUUGACGUGGACCCACUCUGAAAAGUUUUACAGCAUGAAAUCUUUGUCUAAUCUUGUUCAGAAAUGCCAGAUUUGUCCGUACUUCACAACAUUACCAGUUUUUAUGGAAAAUCAUGCCAAACGCAACCAUUCUUUAAUGAUACAUUUCAGCUGUGAUGACAAUGUAGAAACUUAUCGCUGUCAUGACUGCAACUUCCAGACAGAUUUUAUCGUUACUUUGAAGAAACAUAUUAAAGAGUGUCACUCAAGUGAAGGAAACCACCUCCAGCCAGAUAUUAGUUACAGUAUUCAGAAUUACAGUUGUAAAAAUUGCGGUUUCGAAACCCAUUGCUCAAUUAAACUUCUUCAACACACUAUAGCUGAGCAACGAACCACCAAUUUAAAGUUACACACAACUGGAAAACAUUUGCGACAAGUUUAUUGGUAUCCAUGUAAAAAAUGUACUUACAAGGGCAAAAGAAAAUAUUAUUUAAGGAGACAUGUCUACAUCAAUCACACAGACGAAAAGGACAUCAAAUGGCAGAAUUGUAAUCAUUGUUCAUAUGUGGCAAAAACCUUAGAACGAUUAAAUACACAUAUGAAGCACAAACAUGUCACUGAAAAAACCCAGUGGUAUCACUGUGACAAAUGCCCACACAAAACCAAAUAUAAAGGUGGAAUAAAACUACACAUGAGAACUGUACACAAUGAAAAUAAACCAGUCCAAUGUAAAAAGUGUUCGCGCACUUUUAAAAAUGUGGACUGCUUAAAAAAACACACGCGUGUCCAGCACUCGAAUAUGACGGGCCAGAAGUGUGAGAUGUGUCCCUACAGGACAUUACAUCCAAGGGAUUUAAAAACUCAUAUAAUUAACAAACACUUAGACGACAGCCAGAUUUACUGGCAUCAAUGUGAACAAUGUCCAUACAAAAGUAAAACCAGAUUGGUUUUAAAAAAACACGUACGUGAUAUACACCAAGAUGGUAAAAAACAUACUUGUGAUCACUGUACAUUUAAAACCUCUAAUUCGUUCAUAUUAAAAGACCAUAUAAACACCAAACAUUCUCAGGGCAGUGAAAUUAAGUGGUAUAAGUGCACAAAAUGUCCAUAUAAAAGUAAAACCAACACAUCUUUAAGGCUUCACGUGAGGCUGCAUCAUGAAAACAAGGAGAAAUAUCAGUGUGAUCAGUGCGAUUAUACGACACUUUAUUCAAAUUGUUUAAAUCACCACGUGAAAUACAAACAUUCCGGUGAAGUUAAGUGGUAUCAGUGUAAAAACUGUCCAUGUAAAUAUAAAUAUAAAUCGUCUUUGCUAGACCAUAUGUGUGCAAAACAUCAAGGUGGCAAGAAAUAUAAGUGUGAUCAGUGUGAAUUCAAGUCACAUUAUGCCAAAUCUCUAAGAGAACAUAUGGAUAACAGACAUUUCCAACAAAUCAGUGGAGUUAAGACGUAUCAGUGCGACAAGUGCCCUUAUCAAUCCAAUUUAAAAUACUCGUUCAAUAAACAUUUACAAAACAACCAUUUUAGCAAUAAUGACAUUCAGUGGAUCAGUACGAUUAUGAAUAUGUAGACAUAAAAUAAUAACAUAAUGUAAUAAUUAAAAAAAAAAAAUUAUAUUUAUUUUUUAG